UAUUAUGGUUACCAAAUAUCAACACGAUAUUUGAUAAUAGUUGAUAAUUAUCAACAAAAUUAAUGAAUCGGUAUUAUGGUGAUCAAUUAUCAAUAUUUUUGAUAAAUAGUGAAUUAAAAGAUCUAUUGUGAAUAGCUUUAUUGAUAAAAUCUGUAUUACGGCUAUCAAACAUAUUGAUACUCAUCAAAUAUUCUAUCAGCUACAAAAUCUUCGUUGACAAAUGUAUCAAACAUUCGUUAAUGGUAAAGAAUUGUAAUUUAAAUACGAUUUAUAAAAGUUUUAAUAAUUUUUUUUCAUUUUCAAACUUCAGAUUAAUAACACGCCGAAUCUGAUAUUUAGCGUUCAGUUUGUGGAACAUGCCUAAUGAAUCAAAUUAUCGCAGCCUGUAAAUAAUUUUUAUAUAUAUACAGCUUAUAAAUUGUUAGGUAUUUUUUGUAUUGGCAACAACCAUUUUAAAACGAUGUCUUCGGUAGAAUUGUUCUUUGAAGGCAACUAUGAUGAGGAAAGAAGUGUUAUCACGCACGCCAAGAUACGCAGGGCAUUACGAGAUGCUUCAAACCCAAUGGAUUUGGACGAAAAUAUGUAGGCAAUAAGGUUUUCCAUUUUUACUCUAGGUACUUACUGUGAUUCGUUUCCAGAUUCAUACAAAAUUUCCGACUUUCGAAACAAGCCUUCCUAGAUGUAUUCACCGAUAUUGGCGAUAAACUUAAGCCAAUAAAAAGUCAACAAUCCAUCCCAAAUAUACUCAAGCUAGCAGCUGUUUUAAAAUUCUUUGCUCAAGGAAGCCACCAAUUGAGCGUUGGGAAUGACGUUAAUAUUGGUAUGGCACAACCAACGGUGUCUGUCAUUCUUAGUGAACUGCUAAGUAUUUUGAAAAGACACAUUUGUCCGAAAUGGAUUCAAUUUAACUAUACCCAGGAAGAAGAACGUUGGGCAAAAAUAUACUUCUUCGAAAAAAGUAGAAUUCCAAAUGUGGUCGGGGCUAUCGAUGGUACGCACAUAAAAAUAAUUGGACCCAAUAAGGACCUUCAGCAUGUGUAUUACAAUAGAAAGGGCUAUUAUAGUAUAAAUGCGAUGCUUGUUUGUGAUCACUUAAUGUACAUCAGGUGUGUAAAUGCAAAACAUCGAGGGUCAUCACAUGAUGCUAGCGUUUGGAGUAUGUCACAGCUAAAAGUAAAGUUAGAAGGCUCGUAUCGUAAUGGAAGAACCAACUUUCGAAUUCUUGGUGACGGGGGAUAUCCUCUUUCACCAUACUUAAUUACACCAUAUAGGAACGUUGAAGAGAGUUCCUUGCAAGCAAACUUCAAUAAAAAACAUGCACAGGGUCGAAAUAUUAUCGAACGCACUAUUGGUGUUCUGAAAAGUAGAUUUAGGUGUCUUUUGCAAGCGCGAGAACUACAUUACACAGCAAAAAAAGCAACCAAAAUAUUUAACGUAUGUGCAGCCCUUCAUAACAUUUGUGUUAAGUAUAGAUUGGAAAAUCCUGAAGCUAUCGAAGAGGAAUCCGAAAAUGUUCUUGGAAACCAUGAUAUGUUAGAUGAUUCUGCAAUAUUCACUGAAGGCAGUCGGAUAAGGGAUUCAAUAGCAAGAUUCAUGCAAACCGAAUAAAUAAA